AUGCCACCUCAAAUCACAUUCAUAAAUUUGACAAAAGAAACAGCGUUACCCCUUAAGAUAUUCAUCAAAAAUAUACCCCUAGAUCCAACUACAUCGACACCAAACAAAGGGUCACUACGAAACCAGCAAUCUAAUGCCACUAAAACCUCAACAACAACCACGACAUCAUUAUCAAUCAAUGAGAAAUCGCCAAUAACGAUCCACAACAUCAACCAAAUUAAAUUAAACAAUGCACAAAUUGAACACUUAGUCGACUCGAUCUCGCCACGAAUCAAGAGCCUACUAUACUAUGAUCUUCAUCAUAAGCAACACCAACAAGAGGAUCAAGAGGGUUUGGGUGUAAACGAUGCACUCCUUGAAAGCGUCAACAGCAGUGGGGAGUAUUUCAAGACAACUACGUUUAAUAUUGAUAAUUUGAAAGUAGUCGUUCCAGUUGAUGUCUUGUAUCAAGUUCGAUAUAGAUUAGGACUAAUUGAGUAUGAUGAAGCAAGGAAGCAUUUACGAGAUUGUGUGUUUAAUUUAGUUGCUAUUGAUCGGCAACCAAAUCGUCAAGGUAGUACAUGUUCCGUGAAUAAAAACACUGCAUUGAGUGAUGUUGGUUUUGACGAUAUUAAGAAUACGGUUGGCGAUGACGUAGAAGAAGGUCAACCCAAACAGGAAAAAACUGAUGAUAUUGAUGGAAAUGGAUACAGCGGUCACAUAUUCAAUGGCAAACUGAUUAUUGGUGAUUUUGCAACUUGUAUAAAAGUAUAUGUAUACUGA